ACCCACGCCAACAGGGUUACCCCAUAAUUGGGCGACUGGUUGAAAACAAAAAACGACGGGUGUGGAUUGGCCACCUAACAGCCCACCAACGCGUGCGAUGUCGCACAACGAAGUGCCUCCACCAAGCCACACCCCGAUGAGAAUCAAGAUACAGAUACUGAAGUCCAUGGCGCGACAAGGCAGGAAAAGAUCCCCCGCACUUCGGAAAAGGCAACUUACUCUCUCGUCGAUUCUUCCCUCUCCUGUCCCGCCUAUUCUGUCUCGCGUCGCCUGCCACUCUUCCGAAAGCGCACACUCCAACCCUUCGAUGUACUCUUCCCAGGGCGACACUUUCUCUUCCGUUGCGCUUCUCCCUCCUCCUCGUCGCGCUUCUCCCUCCCCCUCGUCGCGCUUUCUUUUCCCCUCGUUGCGAAGCGACAGGAUAGGCGAUGUCUAGGCGAGAGAUACGCAGAGGGGAAAAGCAAGGAUUUGACGCGAAGAAAACAAGGCUAUGCCGCGGAGAGCUAGGGACACACGAGGGGAAACUGCAAGCAACUGGUCCAGGGAACGCAAGGGAGCACCGCUGGAUGGUUCGGCGCAGGGAUACGAUGAGGCACAGGCGCAUGGAGGGAUAGGCACGGUGGGGAGCAAGGGAUGGCAAGCAGAGCAUACACGGAGGGGAAAUACCGGCCAAGGCGGGGGGACAUGCGGGAACAGGCGAUGGCAAUGCAGGGAAGGAGAGCGUUGAGGAAUACAAGGGUCAUGAGGGAGGGAGUGGGGGAUAUGUACGGGGAAGGCAAGGGGUACGAUGCAAGGGAAUGCAAGGGCCAGGCGCGGGGGCAGCAAGGGAUAUGCAAUCCCUCAAUCCCUUGCUGCAGCGGGGACAUUGAGGGAACUAAGAGCGAUCUCUCCUUACCCCGCUCUAACCUUCUCUGUUUCCCCUGCUCCUGCUGUCAGAUUAGACGGUUUCAGGGGGAACAUCACUGCCGAUAUGAGAUGGGCUGUGGGGGACCCAUCUCCAUGGCGGCAUGUGCAAAUGCCUCUAGUUAUCUACACACUACUUUCUGGUCAGGGGAUGGUGACGACAUGCACUACUUUUGUUGGCCAGUGUGGCGUUGUGGUGGCGCUGUGAGAGAAAAUAUGAUUUUAUUUCAAUGGCAUGUCUGCUACUGUGGUCCUCGGUCUUAGGUACCGGUGCAUCCAUUGUUUUUCU